AUGACUCCACCUGUUACAACGGCAGCCUCACCAACAUCAUCUAUUGAGGCAGAAGAUACAAUCCUACUACCUUCUUCAGCCAUGAAUUCUUCAUCACCAGUUAAAAAAACUUUUAAUUUUGAUAAUAAUGUUUUACAAAAUAAUCAACAACAUCAUCAAUAUCCACAACAACAACAAUUUCAUCAUCAGCAACAACACAAUCAACAACUACCACAUGAGAUUCAUAAUUAUUCUGAUAAUAUCCAUCAAAAUAUACAUAACAAUGCAAUUUAUGAUAAUCAUGAUUUAAAUCGACCUUCAAUGUUAGAUCAAUUAUUACAAUUUGAUAAUUAUAAUUUACCACCACCUCCAUCAAUUCUUUUACAUUCAAAAAAUUAUAAUAAAAAUGAAAUUUAUAAUACUAGUAAUUCUUUUGAAACAAAUCAAUCAUCAUCUGAUUAUGCUGCUGCUGUUAAUAAUCCUGAAGAAUAUGAUUAUAAUUCACCAACAACUUCAAAUUCACAACAAGCUGCUCAAGAUUUUAAUUCAUCAAUUAAUAAUAAUCAAAAUUCUUUUUAUUCAAAUUCUCAAGCUAUAAAUUCAGUUACAUCAAUAAAUAUUGUAGAUCAAAAUUAUACAAAUUCAAAUAAUUUUUAUAAAAUUAAUGAUUAUACAAGAAGAUCAUCAUUACCAAAUCAACAAGAUACUUCAAAAUUUAUAAAUGCACUGAAUAAUGAUGCUGAUGUAUUUGAAGCUGAUAAUGAUUUUUCAAAUUCCAAACUAAAAGAAUUUGAAUUAGCAAAUGCUUCAUUAGAUUCAAUACCACAAUUUAAUCAUUCAAGUAUUAAUCAAGAUUUAACAAAUUAUCAAUAUCAUGAUACAAUUCCUUCACAACGUAUUAGACAACAAUUACAAUUACAACAACAACAACAACAACAGCAAAAUAUAUCAGUUCAACAAACUCCUUUACAACAAACAUUUUUACAACCACCUUCAAUACAUUUUCAAAAUGAAUUUCUGCCACCAAAAUUUAAUCAACAUAAUUAUCAACCUCCAACUCAUAUAAAUACUACUACAACAACAAAUUAUAAUUCAAGUUUAUCAAGUAAAGAUUUUACAAAUACUCCAAUUUUUUCAGAUAUUUCAAGUUUUUCAUCAAAUUCUUCAUUUCAACAACAUUAUAUUCAAAAUCAAAAUCAGCAACAACAAACUCAACAACAACAACAUUCAAAACCAAUAACAAAUUUAAAUCUUAGUGAUGAUUCAUUACCUAAAAAUUUUAAAUUAAUGAAAAGUCCCAUUUUAUUAUCUUCGUCAUCAACAUCAACUCCAAAUUCCGCGAAUAAUCAUCAACAUAGAAUUAUUAAAAAAUCAUCAUUAUCAAGAAUUAAUACAAGUUCAAGAAAAAAUUUAAAUUCUGCUUUAACUUCAUCAUUAAAUAAAUCAUCAAUCAAUGUUAGUAAUUCUAUGGAAGUUGGUGGUGGUAGUGGUAGUACUAAUGAUAGGAUUAAUUCUCAAAUUAAUAGGACUCCAUCAGAAUUAUCAAAUUCAACUUUUACAAAUUAUAAUCAACAAUCAUUACAACAACAACAACAAAUUCAACCUCAUUAUCAUAAUUUUCAAUCUCAAAAUAUAAAUUUAUUAAAUCAACAACAACAACAACAACAACAACUACAACAAAGAUCAUAUUCUCAACCUCAUAAUGAUCAUAAAUCAAUUUCAAAUAUUUCACAAUCAUCUAAUUCUUUUCCAUCUAAUAAUAUUGAUAUGAUUCCAUUACGUCAAAAUUCAGAACCUUUAAUUACAUUAUCAACUCAAAAAUUAGGAGAUAGUCAAAGUCAUCAACAAACUCAAGGUAUAAUAUUAAAAUCAUCAAAAUCACCAAUUCCUAUUGAAUCUUCAUCUACUAAUUCUGCAUCUACAACUGUUCCAUCACCAACAACAUCCACUCCAACAUCAACAUCUAAUACUACAACUACAAAUAAAAAAACUUUAAAACCCAAACAAUCUAAAAAAUCAUUAAAUCCAAAAAUCAAAAAAGAAUCUACUAAAAAAUCAAAAACUCAAAAUACAUUGUCAAAUAGAAUAGAAGAUAUUCAUUCACCAACACCAUUACCAUCAACUUCAUCAUCAACAACAACAGAAGAACAACAACAACAAGAACAAGAAAAGAAAAAAUAUACAAGAAGAAGAUUAUUACCAAGAUCAAAAAAGGGAUGUUGGAUAUGUAGAAUAAAACAUUUAAAAUGUGAUGAAAAUCAACCAAUAUGUGGAGGAUGUUUUAAAUAUGGUUUAAAAUGUGAUUAUAAUUUAUUAAAACCUGAUUAUGUUGUUGAUAAAUUUAAAAGAAAAGAAAAAUUAAAUGAAAUUAGUAUAUUAAGAAAAAUUCAUCAAAAUAAAAUUAAAAAUUUACAAAAUAAUAAUCAUAUUCAAAAUAAUCAAGAUAAUACUAGUAAUAUUCAAAAUACUUCUGAAAAUAUAAGUAGUGAAUGUUAUGAAUCUGUUAGUGAAGAUAAUAGUAAUGGUGAAGUUGGUGAUUCAAAAGAUUUAAAUAAUUAA